CGGAACAACGUCGACAUCAGCAGGCGACGGUCACCUGCAGAAUGUAGUCUCCACGAAAACUCGACCAACGAUCAAGACUUGCAGCGGUGAAAGAAGCAGAAGUGUUUUCUUCAGCGUGGUGAAAAUGAAGGAGUUGAAGGGCUGCGGUAUGCGCUCCUCCGUGGGCUUUAUGUCUCGCAGGGAGCUGACAGGACAGCCGCUGAUGAAGGAGGAAUUCCAGAGACGCAGGCUGGCAGGCUGCACCAGUCUCUUCAAGAAGAACAUGGAGGGACAUUUCGGCUGCGUCAACGCCAUUGAGUUUUCCAACAACGGCGGAGAGUGGUUGGUGUCUGGAGGAGAUGACCGGCGAGUGCUUUUGUGGCACAUGGAGAGAGCCAUUUAUGCCCAUUCAAAGCCUGUAAAACUGAAGGGUGAGCACCUCUCUAACAUCUUCUGCCUUGCCUUUGACAGCUCCAACACCAAGGUCUUCUCUGGUGGAAAUGAUGAGCAGGUGAUUCUUCAUGACGUGGAAAGACGGGAGACUCUGAACGUGUUUCUGCACAUUGAUGCUGUGUACAGCCUGUCUGUCAGUCCAGUCAACGACAAUGUGUUUGCCAGCUCAUCAGACGACGGGCGUGUUCUUAUCUGGGACACUCGUGAGCAGCCACAUGGAGAGCCAUUCUGCCUGGCCAGCUACCCUUCAGCCUUCCACAGUGUGAUGUUCAACCCUGUGGAGCCCAGGCUGCUCGCCACAGCCAACUCUAAAGAAGGUGUUGGAUUGUGGGAUAUUCGCAAACCACGCAGCUCGCUGCUGCGUUACGGAGGCAGCAUGUCCCUGCAGAGCGCCAUGAGUGUUCGCUUCAACAGCACAGGCACACAGCUACUGGCUCUCCGGCGCCGCCUGCCGCCUGUCCUCUACGAGCUGCAUUCCCGCCUGCCCAGCUUCCAGUUUGACAACCAGGGCUACUUCAACUCCUGUACCAUGAAAAGCUGCUGCUUUGCUGGGGACAAAGAUCAGUACAUCUUGUCUGGAUCAGAUGACUUCAACCUCUACAUGUGGAAAAUCCCAAAUGACCCAGAAGCAGGAGGACCUGGACGUGUGGUAAAUGGAGCUUUCAUGGUCCUGAAGGGUCAUCGCUCCAUUGUGAACCAGGUUCGCUUUAAUCCCCACAACUACAUGAUCUGUUCCUCGGGUGUGGAGAAAGUUAUCAAGUUGUGGAGUCCCUACCAGCAGCCUGGUAGCGAAGGGGAUCUGGAGGGCYGUGUGGAGGAUAAGUCCCGCAGCCUUUACUCCCACGAGGAGUACAUAAGCCUGGUGCUCAACAGCGGCAGCGGUCUGUCCCAUGACUAUGUCAGCCAAUCUAUUGAGGAGGAUCCCCGCAUGAUGGCUUUCUUUGACUCCCUGGUGCGUCGGGAGAUUGAAGGUUGGAGCUCAGACUCUGACAGCGAUCUGAGCGAGGAGGCCAUCAUGCAGCUCCAUGCACGUGGGCGUCGCUCCACGCGGAUCACGUCGGCAGCUCCUGCUGCCGCCUCAGCUGCUGAUCACCACAGCGACUCUGAGAACUCCUCCUCUUCCUCUCUGGCUGCACCCGAUGGGUCAGGAGGAGAUGAGCAGACCGGAGAGGAUGGGGAGGAGUGCCCCGGGAGAAGAAUAAGAUCACGUAAUCAGUCCGGCUUCCUGGUGAAUGAAGAUUCAGACUCGAGUGAAUUUUGGCUCGACCCAAUGCCCCGCCCUCGAUCCCCAAGUCCCAGGGAGAACUCCACAAUCUCCAGCCCUACCUCCUCUCCUUCCCUUCCUGCAGAGGCGUCAAGCUCCUCCACAUCCUCUUCCAGCUCCAGCAGUGAUGAUGAGGAGCGACGCAGCAACGUGAGGCGCCAAAAUGUCACGAGGCGACGACGUAUGCAUGUGGUCUCUAGAGCUGGGAACUCGCCUCGCUCCAACCAGGCUCUGUUCUCAGCCAUCGACUCUUGCAGCUACCCAUCUAUCUCUGUCGACUUGUCUUCCUCCUCAUCAGGUGAAGAACCAAACUCCCUUCAAAUCAAACCCCAUGCUGUGAGUGCCACAGAGGAUGACAAGUGUCUGAGUCCAUCUGACUUUGUGUGUUCAAGUCCAGUAAUGUCUCCUGGGAGUCAAGAGAAUGAGGACGGGGACAGGACUCAGCAGGACAGACCAACUGCAUCCCCUCAGUUAGUGGGUGCACACAGGACUGAGAGGCCAAACCUGUCUUCAGACAGCCCUGAUAGCAGAGAAGCUAACAGUAGCUCCGUAGCUGCAGACUUCCAGAGCCGACAUAGCCCCGGAGUAAACGGGCAGCACCGACCCAGGACACCAGCUAACCCACAUGUGUCCUCAGAGUCAGAGGAAGAAAGCCAACUUCCAUCUGAGCGCACAAGGUCACAGAGAGAGACCAGCUUGGCACAUAGUACUCUGAAACGGACUCACAUGGAUUCUGAGGAGGGAGAGUCGGGGUCCUCACCCUCAGAAAAAAGGUUAAAGAUCGAAAAACCUCUUUCACAUCAUGGAAAGAAAUAAUUGAACCGACUUCAUUAAAGAAGUGGAGUUUCUAUGGGUUUUUACAACUCAGCUCUUUUAUUUUUGACAUGAACUCUUACAGCUUCUGAACACAAGAUGCUCAGAAGCUGUAAGGAAAAGUCUUUGGUUUGAACAAAUAGUUUGGACAGUGCUGAGGUUAUUUUUUUUUAGGUCUAACCUCAGAUUACAUUAAAAUGUACAUAAGCUAACUAAUAAUAAAUGAGAGGCAUUUAUUUUUAUGUUAAAUCAAUGUUUUAUUUGUUUGUUUGGUUCUUCUGUUCUGCUUCUUGCAGAAAAACCCACCUGGAUCUAAAGUUUACCCGUGAGUAACAGACAGCAGGUCUUGUAUGGAACAAGUUUGAUUCUGUCUUCGUGUUCUGGUGUAACUGAUUGGGUUUUUCUUUUAUGUUUUAACAGUUUUGUUAGCAGACACUACAGUAGAGUGUCUGAAGAGUUGACUGCCUCUACAGAUAAUAAAGAUCRAUUUGGUUAAACUGCCA